AUGCCUGCGGAUUCGAGACCCAUGCUCGGGAAGAAAGCGGCACCAGCAGCUGAAGUGGAGAAAGUUCAAGAACAAAGUCAACAACAUCCCACCCAAGCCAAAGAAGAGCAUUCAGACGCGAGACCCAUGCUAGAGAAGAAGACGCCGCUCGCCGCCGAAGAAGAACACGUGAAGGAACAAACCCAACGUGAUGUCACUCAGAAAAAGUCCACGCUAUGA